AUGAAGCACCCUGCCCAGUUCCUCGCUGGAAAGCGCAUUAUCGUCGCCGGCGGAAGUUUCGCUGCCCCAUCUUUCGUCCUGGCUUUAGACCAGGUAUGGAACCCCUCCAUCGAGAAUGCCCAAGUCGUCAUAUUUGAACAGAGUGAACGCGAGAAGUGUCUCGAAAAGAUCCCUACACGCUGA